AAGAAAAGCUGGAACGAUUGAGCUCAAUCGUUUAUCUCCACACAGAGUUUUGAAAAAGUGAAUCAACACAAUUAAUAGAAACUACCAGAAAUCGUAGCGGAGUAUUUUUUCAGUGCCAAAUACUCUGGCCGAAUGUCGAUUGUAUGCGGACAAUAUGACCAAAGAUUUCCUACGAAUCGCUCUAGUCAGUCGGAUUUUGUCGAUUAUUGGCCAGUUUAUCUUCAACCAUUUGAUACCCGAUCACAAUGCUGGCGUAUUCGAAUCACCGUACGAUGAAACGACAGUGUCCGUCGGCGACGCUCUGAUCGAAUUUCUCUUCGGCGGAUUUCGUCGCUGGGAUGCUCAAUAUUAUUUACACAUAGCCGAACAUGGUUACACGUACGAGAACACGUUGGCAUUCUAUCCGUUGUAUCCGAUUUUCGUGAAUCUGCUGACCAAUGUUUUGCUGACCUUCGUGCCGGGAAUUUCGUUUCGAGCCGGUGCUCUCGUAUGUGGCGUUUUAUUGAAUGUGUUCUUCUUCUGUCUUGCCGCUUACUUUCUCGUCCAGCUGUCUAGACUGGUGCUGAAAAAUGAACAUAUGUCGCUCACUGUCGGCUACUUGUUUUGCAUCAAUCCGGCCUCGGUGUUCUUUUCGGCACCGUAUUCGGAAAGCUUAUUUGCCGUGGUAACUUUUUCGGUAAUUGCCGAAUCAGUUCGCGGUAACAUACUCUUGGCAUUAGUUCCUCUGUCAAUGGGAAUCUUGUGUCGGUCGAACGGAUUGAUUAAUAUUGGAUUUGUUCUCUACCAGGCCAUUCGAUUAUUUUGGUUGGACAGGAGCUUUCAAGCCCGAUUUAAAUUGGCUGUCAAAUUGUUGAUAGUGUUGGUUGUGUCCGGUUUUACCUUUCUAUCCAUCCAACGGUAUCAUUUCUCGUUAUUUUGCGUUAAGAGUUCGAUUCGACAUUCCAGCGAAAUUGUCAACUAUGCCAAGGCGAACGAUUUCAUCCUAUCCGGAAACGGUUCGCUAAUUUCGUCUCCAUGGUGUGGAGCAAAACUACCAUCCGCUUACACAUACGUUCAGUCACACUAUUGGAAUGUGGGCCUGUUCAAUUAUUACGAAUUCAAACAGAUUCCCAAUUUCAUUCUUGCCAUUCCUAUUCUCUUCUUAUUCCUAAAAAUGUUGUACGCAUACUAUGCCAAUGCAUUCAUUACCGUUAACCGAUUCGGAACGAGAAAAGCCGUGAAAAUGCUGUUCUUUGAUGCAAACCUAUCGACUGGCGGUUUAGUGUACAUGGUUCAUGUAACAUUUCUAACGCUUGUCUGUGUGUUGUUCGUUCACAUCCAAGUGACUACCAGACUGUUAGCAUCGUCUAGUCCAUGUCUGUACUGGUUUGCUGCGAAUUAUUUCAAAGCAACGCAACUUAAUGGCAGGGCAAAAUUAAUUUUAAUUUGGUUCGGCGGGUACACAGUUCUGGGUACGAUUCUGUUUUCGAAUAAUUUGCCGUGGACGUGAAUGGAACUAUUAGCGAUAAGAGCUUAAAAUUGUGAAAUGAAAGGAAAAUUACAAUAAAAAGAUCAUUUGAUGAACGGACUUUCAAAUGGCUAGCAUUGAGUUUUACUA